UUCGCUUCCGAUAUAUGAGAGGGUCUAACGAGACAGAAAUUAAUGUUGUAUCAGCCUUCACAGUGUCGAUAUGGGAAGAUGUGUAUGCUUUAUUGAUAACAUAUAAAUUAUUUGCAUAUUAACAGGGAAUUAAAGUAGUAGUAAUUUAUAUUGUCUGCAUUUUUCAUGGACAUAAAUUUUAACUGUAUAUUUAAGAUGGAAUUACAACGUUGCAUCCUUGCGUUGAUUAUACCUAUUGUCUUCGGAUACAGUACCUACCCUAGACGUUAUACGCGGGAUAGCGACUGGGGGGACUGCCCUUCACAGUGUCAGUGUGUAACAUUAAAUUCUAGAGGCCCACGGGAUUUGUUUUCAGACUGGGCAAGUGAUGAACCUUGGUACACCAAGACGUCUUUAGAUAUAAAUUAUCAACAGGAUUCGGGCUUAGAAACCACAGGACGUAGCAUGAUCUGUCAAGGUCUACGCCAGCUUCCGACUCCACUUCCAAAAGACGUCACAAAGAUGGUCAUCUACGGAGAUAGCAGUCACGUGGCCGAGCAAUCAAGACAGCGCGAUUCCCCACAAGAUCAGCAUUUGAAAACGAUAUCAGAUACCCAGCUCCGAUAUAUCGAUAGACAUGCGUUCCGUGGAAAUGCGUUGCUUCGUGAAUUGAUCUUAUCUGGGAAUAAUAUUGGCGUUUUGUAUCCAUUUAUUUUCCACGGAUUAAGAAACCUGAACAUAUUAUCCAUUCAAAAUAAUAAUGUUCAACAUUUGUCAGCUGCCGUUUUUAACGGACUAAGCCAGCUACAGGAAUUGAAACUUAGUGAUAAUAAAAUCCGAUUUCUACCGUCUACUGUCUUCACUUACCUUGUCGACAUGAAGGCUCUUUAUCUAAAUGGAAAUAAACUCAGAUCCGUACAAAAAGAAUUGUUUUCUUCCAUGACAAAACUAGAAAAACUUGAUCUGUCCAGGAACAACAUAUCUGAUUUCUAUGACGAGGUAUUCGAUCAAAACAUGGCUUUGAAAGAGCUCUUACUUGAUGGCAACAGACUUUGGAUGAUCAGACCGAGAUGGUUUAAGAAUUUAUACGCACUGCAGAGCUUAUCAAUAAGAGGUAACGAAAUAACGCAGUUAUACCCGGAUUCGUUCAUGAAUUUGAUGAACUUGCAGGACUUACUUCUAUCUGCAAACCAUAUUAGUUUAAUUCAUACAGGUGCGUUUAGAAAUUUGCAGGAUUUGAAGGUUUUAGACUUGUCAACAAAUGAUCUAUCGGAAGUGUCGAAAGCAAAUCUUCUUGACCUAAAUGCACUGCGGGAAUUAUACCUUUCGUCGAAUAGACUAACAAAUCUCGGGAACGAAACGUUUGAAAAGUUUGAAACUCUUAUACGAUUAGACGUUUCUAGGAACGACAUAGGAGAAAUAGAACAGAAAGUGUUCUUAUCACUCCGACAACUCCAAUAUCUAGACAUAUCACAUAAUAAAUUACAGAAGAUCGCCAAGGGUAUAUUUACCGGAUUAAAGGAGAUUAAGGAAUUAAAAAUAAAUGACAACUUCGUCGGCGUUAUAGAAAAUGGGGCAUUUAAUGUCAACGAGAAAGAUCAUUUAUCAAAACUCUCCUCACUUAGCCUCGCUAACAAUAAUCUAAAAAGAUUAUCCGCACUUACUUUCCGAGGCAUUCCGAAUCUUAAAGUGUUAAAUUUAGAAAAUAACAAACUCAGACGAAUGCAUAGCAUGGCAUUUGUGGAAUUCACUAAACUCGCCUCACUUUCUUUACGGAAAAACAAGAUUAAGAACCUAAAUAAUGGUAUUUUCCAUAACCUAAAACACUUAAUAGAUUUAGAUAUUUCAGAAAACAAAGUGAAACAAAUAAGCGGCAACAUGUUUAUCGGACUUGACAAUUUAGAAGAACUUCAAAUUGGUAAAAACCAAAUUCGAUCAAUUGAUAAAGAUGCAUUUAAAGGUUGUCCGAACGUCGUAGAAAUUGACCUUCAGCAUAAUAUGCUGAUAAGUUUUAAUUUUACAAUUCUGGAACAUUUGUCUCAGAUUGCUACACUUGAUUUGAGUAAUAACCAAAUCUUCUGGGUGGACGUGAAAGCUAACUUGUAUUUAAGACUGAAAGACAUAGUUCUAUCCCAUAAUAAUCUGCAGACGAUGAGUAAACGAAUCGUGAACCUGCUGGGAUCGUCAUCACUAAUGUCUAUUCAGGGGAAUCCAUGGAAGUGUGAUUGUAACCUUGGUUGGAUAAUGGACCCCUCCAUCAAUAAACGGGUGAAGUUCGACAUGUUAGACGAAGCAAUGUGUAAGACUCCAUCAAAACUCCAUGGAUGGAAGAUUUCAGAUCUUACCACCAAAGAUUUCACAUGUAAACAACCUAUUAACGACAGAGAACGAGUAGAUGUGACGUGCAGUGAUGGACCAUUUAACAAAAAGACGUCCAAUAAUAAAAAAUCUCUAUUUUGUGGUUGUAUCAUUGACUUGAUCUCUAGUUGGUUUUGUGGUUAUAUCAUUGACUUGAUCUCUAGUUUGUUUUGUGGUUGUAUCAUUGACUUGAUCUCUGGUAAUCUUUGUGGUUGUAUAUUUGACUUGAUCUCUAGUUAGUUUUGUGGUUGUAUCAUUGACUUGAUCUCUAGUUAGUUUAGUGAUUGUAUCAUUGACUUGAUCUCUAGUUAGUUUUGUGGUUGUAUAAUUGACUUGAUCUUUGUGGUUGUAUCAUUGACUUGAUCUCUAAUAAUCUUUGUGGUUGUAUCAUUGACUUGAUCUCUAGUUAGGUUUGUGGUUGUAUCAUUGACUUGAUCUUUGUGGUUGUAUCAUUGACUUGAUCUCUAGUAAUCUUUGUGGUUGUAUCAUUGACUUGAUCUCUAGUUAUCUUUGUGGUUGUAUCAAUGACUUGAUCUCUAGUAAUCUUUGUGGUUGUAUCAAUGACUUGAUCAUUAGUAAUCUUUGUGGUUGUAUCAUUGAUUUGAUCU